AUGUCAGUACCUCCCCGUCCCCCCUCGGAGCGUGUUCGUUCUCCCUGCCCCCCGCCUCCCCACGCGUGCGGCGCUCGAGUGGCUGUGUCGUCCCGCACGCCCUCCCUGCGUCUGUCGUUCCCUCCCAGAGCGUGCCGAGCCACACCCACCCAGCUAAGCUCCCGAAGUACCCCCCCAAGACUCAACGGAAGAGCACCUUUGGGUUCUGAGGAGAUCCCAGUGUCUGGAGCCUGUACCCUUAAUCUCCAGCCUGCGAGUGAGACACCUGCAACCCAGCAGGAGAGGACCUUGGCUCCUAGCCUGACUCAGCUGAGCCUGGUCCGGAACUUACAUGUAGAACUGACCCUGAGCCCCAGGGUAGCUGAGCUGACCCCGGGUUCUGCAUGCCAUCCAGAGAUGACCCUCAGUCCUGGCUCAACCGAGCUGACCCUGGAGCCCGCACACCAGCCAGAGGAGACCCCCGUCCCCAGCCUGGCUGAGCUGACCCUGGAGCCUGUGCACUGCCGACCUGAGCUCCUGGAUGCCUGUGCCGACCUCAUCAAUGAGCAGUGGCCCCGCAGCCGUGCCUCCCGCCUGCACUCCUUGGGCCAGUCCUCAGAUGCCUUCCCCCUCUGCCUGAUGCUGCUGAGCCCCCGCCCCACACCCGAGGCAGCCCCCAUUGUGGUGGGUCAUGCCCGCUUGUCACGGGUGCUGGACCGGCCCCAGAGCCUCCUAGUGGAGACAGUGGUGGUGGCCCGGGCUCUGAGGGGCCGCGGCUUUGGUCGCCGCCUUAUGGAAGGCCUGGAGGAUUUUGCUCAGGCCCGGGGCUUCCGCCGGCUGCACCUCACCACCCACGACCAGCUGCAGUUCUAUGCCCACCUGGGCUAUCACCUGGGUGAGCCUGUGCAGGGCCUAGUCUUCACUAGCCGACGGCUAUCUGCCACCCUGCUCAGGGCCUUUCCCAGAGCCCCCUCUCCCCGGCCACCCUACAAGGCUCCUAGUGUAACUGCCCAAACUGCCCCAAGAGCCCACAAGGGGCCAUCGUUGCCACCACCCCCUCCCCUGCCUGAGCCCUUGACCUCCUCUCUCCCACCUCCCGCUGGGCUCCCUCCACAAAGCCUGCUGGAGACUCAGUACCAGGAUCUGAGAGGAUGCCCCAUAUUCUGGAUGGAAAAGGACAUCUGAGGGCUACCCAGGGCAGGGCACUGUCCUUCAGGGUCGAUGGACUGCUUAGGACACUACCAGCCUCAGCCCAUGGGCCAUACCUCAGGCUCUAGCCCCUGGGGACAGCUUUAGCCUGACCACACUUCCUGAGUGCCAGUGGGGCUGGGAGAUUGAUUGCUCCAUAGCUGUGGCUCAGAGCUGACAACGUGGUGGAAUAAAGGCUUCUGUUGGGUGUGGC